AUGCUGAAUUAUUAUUCAACGAAACGAAAAAAAAAGACAUUAGCGACUUAUGGAGCAAUGAUGAAAGGAUAUAUCAAAAAUAAUAUGCCUAAUCAAGCAAUUGAUUUGUUUUAUAAAAUUGAAAAUCCUGACAAAAUUAUCAUAAUGUUUGUUUUCAAUGCUUGCGCUUCAUUGGGAACAAGUGAAGCUUUAGAUUUAACAAAAAAAACUUUAGAAAAAAUGCCAAAAACAUUUUAUUCAGAUUCGUAUAUAUUAUGUUCUGUAUUAGAUGCAUUAAUGACAUGUGGUGAUGUCAAAUAUGCUGAAUCAAUAUAUAAUUCAUCAACAAAUAAAACAUUACCUAUGUACGGAGCAAUGAUGAAAGGUUAUUUAGAAAACAAUGACCCAGAAAAAGCAAUUGAACUUUUUAAACAAAUUACAGAUCCUAGUGAAGUUGUUUUCAAUCUUUAUUUCAAUGCUUGUGCUUCAUUGGGAACAAGUGAAGCUUUAGAUUUAACAAAAAAAACUUUAGAAAAAAUGCCUAAAACAUUUUAUUCAAAUUCGUAUAUAUUAUGUUCUGUAUUAGAUGCAUUAAUGAAAUGUGGUGAUGUCAAAUAUGCUGAAUCAAUAUAUAAUUCAUCAACAAAUAAAACAUUACCUAUGUACGGAGCAAUGAUGAAAGGUUAUAUUAAAAAUAAUAGUCCAGGAAAAGCAAUUCAUCUUUUUAAACAAAUUGAAAAGCCCAGUGAAGUAAAUUUGAUUGUUUUUUUUAAUGCUUGUGCCCAAUUAAGAACGCAAGAAGCAUUAAGUUUAGUAAAACAAACUGUUAAAAAAAUGCCAAAGUCGUACUAUUUGAAUUCUCGUCUUCUAACUAGUUUAUUAGAUGCAUUGAUAAAAUGUGGUGAUAGUUCAAGUGGAGAAAUUCUUUUUCAAAAAUGA